CAGCUUUGGUGUCUUGUGUGGUUAAGGAGAAUUUUGUCAGGAGAUAGGAAGACAUUACAUGUUCCUGUUGUACAGGACUCUGGCAGUACGUACUUUGCUCAGUUGUUUGCAGGGGAUUUCAAAGACUUAAGUCGGAGUAACAAGUGCCUACAGUAGACAUCGUUGGUGUCAUUUGUCUACUUACGGACUACAGAGACAUCAUGUGCGUAGCAUAGCUGGUGUCAGGAACCUGAACCAAGACAAAGAUGUGAGUUUGUACUGCAUUUGUGGAGACGAUAUCUUCAGCCGCACUGAAGUGUACCUUGAAGGAUAAAGUCCUAACACUUCACAUGAAUCUUUUCCAUCGCAUGUGAAGCGAUACAGCAGCUCUGCACAAAAACUACUUUACCUGGUUUCACUUGGUGGCUUUUAGUUUUUUUUCUGGAAAAGAAGAGUGAAAGUCUGUCCAAAGGCUCGGAUGCAUUUGUCAAUGGAUACCCUUGGAAUAGUGGAUGAUAGUUGUCUGGACAACUAUGAUAUGGCAAAAGGAGCUGGGUCAAGCAGUGGAGGCAGAGUCCACAGUAUUGAUGUCAUACUGGGAUUCACUAAAGACCAGGACCCAUUACUCCAUUCGGUAGGAGGUGAUGACAGCCAGAAAACCAAUGGCGCCAACCCACAGGACCCUGACAAGCAGGCCUCAUCAAACCACUACGGGCACCUUCCAGAACUGGGUGAUGGCUCCCAGCACUCCUCCUACCAAGAAUCAGACCUUUUCUCUGGUGACAAAUGUGAUGGAGAAAUGAGCAACUUGCGGAAAGACGGGGAUGUUGCUGAGGGCUCUCCAGAGAUGGUUAAGGAGGAGGAGCACACUAAAAAGAAACACAGAAGGAACCGGACCACAUUCACCACCUAUCAGCUCCAUGAGCUGGAGCGAGCCUUCGAGAAAUCACACUAUCCAGAUGUCUACAGUCGUGAGGAGUUGGCAAUGAAGGUCAAUCUGCCUGAGGUUCGAGUUCAGGUUUGGUUCCAGAAUCGAAGAGCAAAGUGGAGACGUCAAGAAAAGAUGGACACUAGCACCAUGAAGCUCCAAGAUUCCCCCAUGCUGUCCUUCAACCGUCCCCCAAUGCCUACUAGUGUGGGGCAGGUGGCCAACCCAAUGCCACUUGAUCCCUGGCUGACCUCGCCCAUCUCCAGUGCCACACCCAUGCACACCAUUCCGGGGUUCAUGGGUUCACCACAGGGCCUGCAGCCUGCCUAUCCAAGCCACAGUUUCCUCAACACCCCACCAGGCAUGAUUCAAGGUAUGCAGCCUAUGGGCCCACCUCCCUACCAGUGUCCACCCAGCUUCAAUGAUAAAUACCCAAUGGAGGAUGACAGGAGCUCCAGCAUUGCAGCACUCAGGAUGAAGGCCAAAGAGCACAUUCAGUCAAUGGAUAAAACCUGGCAGCACAUGUGAAUGUGGGUGGAUUUUUGAGCUGCUCUUAUGAAUGUUUACAAACUGCUUUUACAUUGUUUGAUUCAUGUAGCGAUGAAGAGGAUGCAUGACACCAAAGAAAUCUGAAAGGUAUUUUAUCACUAAUACGGAACUCUCAGAACUCUUUAAACUGCAUUUAAUUUUUAACAAACUGUUUUUUAGCCCUGAGGAGAACGAUCAACAGAAGUGCUGACUCACUCGUACAAGGGAUUUUCUCGUCAGCAUUAAUUUUGUACAUCUCAGAUAAAUUUUAGACAGUACUGACAAACUGCAAUACAACAUAGAGAGGCUACGUAGAGCCAUGUUGUCAGAAGUAGCAGUGUUUUUGUAUUACUUGACGACACACUUCAACAAAUUUAUACAAGUUUGCUGUCUUAACUGUGUUCUGAUUCCUUUUUGUGUGGCACAGAUUGUCUACAGGUACCCAGAUGUAACAGAUGUUCCUAGUUCCCUUGAAGUAAUAACAUUUUUAUGAGGAUUACUGACCAAUGUACUACACUUUGAGGUGUUGGUAUCUAGGUCUUUAGAACACCACUGUUUUAGUACAAAUAAAUAAAUCUUUAUGUUUUUUUCCAAGAAGGUUUUCCAUAUGUCUGUUUGGUUGGGUUGUGUCUUUUUAAAUUUUACUGUGUUAUGUAGGGGAAUAUUGCCCAGCAUUUUUAAAAAUAUGUUUUCAGCUAUUUGGUUUUUGCUAUAAAGUGAGUAAAAAUGUGUAUUUAAAACAACUUUUCCACUCAAAGUUAACUGAUUUAAGUUUAAAGGGAAUGUAAGAGUUUAUAUUUAAGCAAUUAAAAUGGCCUUUUGAAGAACACUUAGUUCUAAUGGGGGAUGUUAUCGGAAGUCACAGAGCAUAAUCUGACUUGGAGGCUAAUUUAAACAGACAAGCAUACCUCUUAACACCUAAUUACUGCGUUUAAAGCGAUUAACCCCAGAUUCUCAGCCAUAGACAGAAUGCCCUCAGAUGGUCCUGAAAAACCCUUUCAAGACCCGAUUAACUUUGCCCCUCCCCUAAAACUUGCAAAUUUGUAAUAUUUCCAAGUUACUGCUUCAGUACUACAUAUGAAUCUUGUUCUUUUUUAUACACUGUCUUAAUCUUCAUCUUUACUGGUAAAGCAUGCUCCUUGUUGCAUUGUUGACAAAAUAUUCACUUAAGUCAGGUGGAUUUAAGGUGAGAAAGUCAGCGUUUGCUGGCAGCCUCUCUUAUCUCUUGAUGUAACUGUUGGUCCACAAGAAGAUGACACUGCUCAGAGGCAUAAGGUCAUUGUGAUAUGGGGUGUGUGUUUUAUUCUCUAUGUGCAUUUGCUGUGUGUGCAUUAAAUUAAUGCAGAAAGGUGCUGGGCUUGCAAAGGAAAUCGUAUUUCUUCUUUCAUACUUCUUUCUGUGGCUGUAAGUACAUCUCAUGUCAUGGAUCAAGUGACCAGAAACUUACAAAGCAUCACACUCAUUGUUUCCUCUAUUUGUCAAAACCACUGUCAUUAAGUUGAUGUUGUGAAUACAUAUCUAAAGGUAAAAUUUAUUACACUGGCAAUGUCUGAUGGUGAUUUUAUCUGGCAAAACAUUAUAUAUGAUGGUCUCUAAAAAUGGCAGCACCUAUACUAUCACUUUCACAAGUUUUGUUGCUCAUUGUGAUAAUCCCUGCUGUCUACAGUGGAUGAAAAAGCCAAAGAAAUAAGAAUUAACAUUUAAUUUUACUAGAAGAAACACUUUUUUCCCCAUCAGUUUUAAUAUAAUUAUGUACUAAUUUCUAGUCUUUUUAAGGUUUUAGAAUGUGGCUUUCAUUUUCCAUGUGAAAAACAAAGAAUAAAGUUACGGAGCAGUACUGCAGAAGCACUUUGA